AUUACGUUUUUGAAACCCAAGUGUGGUUGUAGAAAUGUAAAUAUAUAUUAUUAUUUAAAUGUAAAUAAUUUAAAGUUACAUCGCUUUCUUUCCAUUUUAUUACAAUAUGACUUUUGAAAAUAACAGACCGUGGAAAGUCCCUUGGAUAUGACGCGAUAAAAGGGGUGAAAUGUAAACUGCGGAUUGAUUUGUGACAGUGUGAUACGGUCCGGCUUUAGGAGUUCCAGAAGAAGUAGCAGAUUCCUAAACUUUAUGUUUGCAACUCACCUCUUCAUAACACACCAUAUGAAGUGUUCUUAGGACGAUAUGGCUUAUUAAAUUGACCUCACUGUCACUCUAGUUAUUGUGCUUUGCAUUUGCAACGCACUUCCAAAGAACUAUCCUAUUGAGAAAUAAUGGGGUAAGUGAAAUGAUUUGUUCUCUUUAUUGUUGUGAAGUAUAAUGUGUUGAAUAUGUUAGUUUUGACAUUGUAAUUGUUUUAUUAACCAUUUCUGAAAUGAUGUUGGGGUUAGUGUAAUGACCUUUUAGUCUAAUAGAGAUAUUUUGAAUCUACAGUUUUACAGUAGCCUACUGAGCUCAGAAGUGAGAACUGCCACUGAAAAAUAUUUUAUCAAUGGGCUACUAGUCAAAUCUAUAUUUUUCAAAUGUAGAAAUGUUCUAUAUGUUAAAAACAUUAACAUAUAACAAUAGUUGGAAUGAGAGGAAAAUAAGAAUACUUUAUAAGAAUACUUUUAGUAUUUGAUCUAUAAUACACAUAGGCACAUAACUAACAUGAAAGUUGUUUACUAUACUGUAGACGCUGCUCUCCUGGACUGUGAUAUGGAUUAUAACAAAUACAAUUUGAUAUGUUGUUGAGAUAUUAUUGUUGCAUUUUAUGAGGGGAGUGAGGUUUCGUAGAGACAGUGUUAUAUAGCCCUGAAACAUAUUUCCUAACCUAACUUAUUUUCCUAAAGUAGUUUCAUAAUGUGAAAACUGAGAUGUUGGUUUAUGUAUGUAAAAUGCAAUUAUCAGGAAUCUUCAACCAUUUUUGGUCUGUGAAGACUAUCUGAUAAUUGUACAAUUUGAACAGGUGUUUUUAGUGUGUGGUGGUUUUGGGGGUGUGGCAGUGGGGUGAAAUGGGGUGUUUGGGUGUGGAGUAGAGUUAGUUGUUGAUUAUUUUCAUUUGUAUUUUUUGUCAUUCACAGGUCUUCAAGUGCUCCCAGCACUCUGUUCAUAGGGACACUUCUCUUGAACCCUCGCACACUUAGUGCAUUUCACAAUUUUGACCGAAAUAAAAGACACGAUGGCGGCAUCGAUCCUUCGCAGGAAAAUUCCUCUUGUUUGCACGGUCGACCUCAUCAUUCCCUCUCCCCAACAAGCUAACGACAGCCAAUCCUGGGGAAGGAAGGGGGAGGAGUUAUCGGAGAGACAGCACAUAAUUGGUGAGUUACGGCAAGACGCUUUUUUAUUUUUCCACAUUACAGGAGGAACCGCACUGCAGUACAAGCUAAAGUCGUAAAGUGAGUUAAGCUAAGUGGAUAUUUUACCAAUGAAGACGAUGGCGUUCAAUCAUUUUCAAAUGAUCGGUUCGUUUCACAAGGAUAUGUUUUGUUCUUUUUUUUCAACAUCGUCUUCGUUUUGAGAUUUUUCUACAUUUAUCAUCAUUUAUCGUCUGAAAUUAAAGGACAGAUUUUUUAAAAUCCUCAUUUAAUUUAAAUUACAUUUUUGUGUUCAUUUAAAUUCAAUAUUUGUAACGUACAUUUAAUUUUUCGUAGGUGAUGGUCAGACGGACUGGAUGACGGAAAAAGUUGAUUUGUCUUCAUUCCAGUCGACUACUGAAUCCUCUUCUAGCUCAUCUUCGCCGCCCUCACCCUUGGAACAUGAUGUUAAGGUGCACUCUGACUUGGAGGUCAUGACCUCUCUUUUGCAAGAGGAGCUUACUCAGCUUGAGGAUUACUUCCGGUCUGAGUCGACUUCAACCAAAUUGGACAAAUCACCAAAAUGUGACAAAGGCGCCCAAGCAAUGGGUGCCCAUUCUUACUACCAGUUGCCCUAUGCUUCGUACAGUGGCAACCAAUCAGAAACCAGCCCACUGGUUGUUACCCUGGCAACAGAAGAACUUGACCGGGUGAGCUUCUGUGGUGGUCCCAUUGGAAGACACAAAAUAGAGAGACCAGCCCCAUACAACUAUCAUCAUCGUUCAUACAAUACUUGCCGAAGAAUAGUUUCAGAUGGUGUCAACAAAGUUGGAGAGGAACUUGAGCAUGACACCUGGAGUGCCAAAGGAAGUUACUCAGGAAGCACAGAGGUGGCUGUUAACCACUGUUCUACAUUGAAGAGAGUUGGGAAGAGCAUUGGCAGUGUAAAGAAAGUCAGAGGUGUAUCGUUGAAGGAAGAGGAAAGUUAUUGUUUUACAGAGGACGUUAUUUGCAGUGAAGAGAUGACCAGAGGUUUUUGUAUGGUUGGGUCCUUCGAUACCCACCCCAAGAGAGAAGGACAGUUGAUCCAUGGUAUGAAGGUUAGUGGCAGUGGUUAUGAUGGUAUGGGGCUGGAGGUCUUGCAUUGCAACAAAGAUGGUGGACUCUCUGGAACUAUUCCUCAAGAGCCAGAGGCAAACGACGGCUAUUACCACCACCACCUGAACGUUGCUCAUACAGAGCCUUAUAAUAGCUUUAUAGGUGAAAUCGAAGAGCCUACACAAGUACAUGGUAUAGAGCCCCAGCAUGGCCACUACCUCUUUCCAGAAUGCCUUGGAGACCAAAGCUACGAAUAUCUGUCAAGAGGAGAGAGCGAGGUGCCAAUGGUGGGCUUGCCCAUUCACAGGCAAGCAGCACAGAGGCUAAAGGAAGAUCCAUGCUCCCUGAGCUGCCUCAAACCAGGCCUUGUCGCUGUCCUUCUGGAAGGACAUACCGGAGAACGGAAGCAGAAGAAGAGAGACCAGAACAAAACAGCUGCUCACAGGUAUGUUGUGAAAAAUGUACUGAUUUUCUCUGUGUUAUAAUGUUUAAAUAAAAACUGUGAUGAUAGAAUGUUUGGUCAUUCUUUAGAGUCUGACCAAAGAAACGUCUGUGCACAUUUUAAGUCAGCGGGGAAACUCAUCUUUUAAAGUUGAAAAUCAGAACUUUUUUUGUAGACCUUCAUCUCUGGUUUGAAUGGGAUCACUGUGGCAUUUCACUGGUGUGAUAGUGCUACCAUAAUUGCUUAGAUAUACAUGUGUUUAUGAAAUAUGAAAUCUGAACUCUUCUAAUAGGUCCUGCUAUCUUGGAAAUCUAGUAGUUGAGGGAUGAGGGUGGGAAAACAUGUCCAUGUUAAAUUCAUGUCACUAGCUGUCUCUAUCUCUUAGAGACAACUGAUAUUGAACUGCCAGCUUUCUGUAGCUCAGUGACCCAGACAAGUCAAGGGAGCUUCGACAAAGAUACAGAAAGUCCUGUGGUAGGGUUUUCCGGACAGAUGGGAAAAGGGGGGGGUUCCAACGGUAGGUGCAAGCUGACCCUGGUAUUUUGUAAACUGCAGGUAUCGACUGCGUAAGAGGGCGGACCUGGACAUACUGGAGGAGGAGCUUCAUGGGCUGGAGGGACAGAACCGGGAGCUCCGCGACAAGGCGGAGUCAGUGGAACGAGAGAUUCAAUAUGUCAAAGAUGUACUAAUUGAGGUCUACAAGGCACGUAGUCAACGCCUAAAGCAAGAUGCCAGUGCCUAAUCUCCCACCCACAACACCAGCACUCACAUCAACAGCACUUGUUUGUUCAAAAUUAUAGUUGCAUGAUUUUGGUAGUUUUUCUAAAAAAUAAAAUAAUAUAAUCGCUUUAUUAUUGUUACAGACAAUAAACAACACAAUGUACCUUUCCAAAUGUUUCCCUGAAUGACUUCAGGUCCUAGUUAGUGAAUUUAGGAGGAAACUAAACCGUCCGUGACCACUGUGACACUGACCUGCACCUAUAGCCUUGUAAUGUUUGAGCUUGCAUUGAUUGACCGUUUUACUGUCAUUUUCUAACAGUAAUAGAAGCGAUUGAAUUAUGUCUGUGUUAUUGACACACAAUGGCAGCAUAAAGGAAGGAAGCUUUAUUCUGUGAUGUUGUAUGUUUUGUUUUAUUUAUUCAUUUAAGUACCCUUUUGCUUUGUCCACUCAUUUGGUAUAAGGGAUUGAAGAAGGAAUGUUUAAAAUGCUGUGGAAAAGUUCGUUAAUAAAUGCUGCAAACUACUAGAACAUGUUAUUGCUAAAAUGCUGAUGUAGAACUUGUAGGAAACCACCAAGACCUUGCUAAAGUACCCAAUGCAUGUUUGAUUGUUAAAAAAGCAUGAUUGAUUGUUAUUUGAAAAUGACAAUAUUCUCUUAACUAUAUGGCUUCCCGAUUUAAUGAUUUCCAUAGAGCAUUUUCUCAUGUCAUGCUUUAACUGUUUUAGUUUCAUUAGCUGACAGCUUCUACAGAGCUUUACCCUCAAAUAUUUAAUCAUACUCAGGAUGUUUGUCCACUUUUACAUAAUGGGGAAAAUAUACAUGGCAUUCACUGUUUUAUCAUCUUGCUUUUUUUCAAUGGCUGUAUUUUGCGAAAAAAACAAUCACCUGUUGACACAACAAUAAAUUGUUGUUGGGCAUGUCUUCAUGAGAAUCUUAUUUGAUGAAUAUGUGUUGAAUUCAGGUCAACUUGUUUGAUAGAUGACGAUAGCUGGUCAAUAUCAGGUAAAUUGCAGCC